AUGACAGACCUCUUAAGAAGUGUUGUCACCAUCAUUGAUACAUUCUACAAAUACACCAAGCAAGAUGGAGAAUGUGGCACACUGAGCAAGGAUGAGCUAAAGGAACUUCUGGAGAAAGAGUUUCGCCCAAUUCUGAAGAAUCCAGAUGAUCCAGAUAAAGUAGAUGUCAUCAUGCAUAUGCUGGAUCGAGAUCAUGACCGAAGACUAGACUUUACUGAGUUUCUUCUGAUGGUGUUCAAACUGGCUAUGGCCUGCAACAAGGUUCUUGGAAAAGAAUACUGUAAAGCUUCAGGGUCAAAGAAGCCUAGGCAUGGUCAUCAACAUCAAAAGGAAGAAAGUGAAACAGAAGAGGAAGAAGAAAUACCAAGACGGAAAUCAGGUUUCAGACGUUCAAGUUGGAGUGAGGGAGAGGAGCAUGGACGUAGUUCUGGGAGCUCGUGGGGAACUGCAAAACCUCGACAUAGGUCCAACUCUAGGAGGUUGGAAAGGCACAGUGAAUUAUCCAGCUCAGAGGAACCCAGUAGAAAACACCAUGGGUCUAGCUCUGGUCAAUCUUGGAGCAGUAACAAAGAGAGACAUGGUUCCAGCUCUGAAGAGCUAGAAGAAAAAAGAAACAAGUCACAUGGUAAAUCCUCUAGAGAAGCUGGGAAAGAAUAUGAAUCUGGAUCUAGGUUAAACAGUCAUGGAAGGAAAGGUCAUAGUGGAUUGUCACAUGGACUAGAGAAGAGCAAACAUGAAUCAAAUUCUACUCAGUCAAGAAAGGGUGGAGAACAAAAGCUUGGGCCUAGCUCUGCAAGUUCAGAAAACAGCAAAACACAAAGUCAUACAGGUGGUCACAGCAGUUCUAGUGGAUGUUGCAGACCACAAAGUGCUUCAAGUUCUUGUCAGGCAAGUACAUCUGGGAGGCAAGGAAGUCAGUCUUGCUCUACCCAGUCAAGAUGUCAAUCAGGAACUAGCGGAGGACAAGGCUAUGGAUGUGUCUCUGGAGGUCAGUCCUCUAGAUGUUGUCAAACUGAACCUAGAUCCUGCAGCCAGUCUUCUAGUCAGAGAGGGUAUGGAUGUGGUCAUGCAGAGCACUGUGGAAGACAGCAGAGCACGAGCUCACAUCAUUCAUCAUGCUGUGGAUCUGGAGCAACCCAAUAUUCUGGUUAUGGUCAACAUGGAACCAGUUCCUGUGGACACUCUUCAAGCUCUCAUCAGAAGGGGUGUUGUUCAAAUGAACAUUCCAAAUGUGGUCAUCAUGGGUCUGGUUCAGGGCAGCCAUCCUGCUGUGAACAUGGAACAAAUUCAAGACAGUCCUCUGGCUCUAAACAACAUGGGCAUGGAUCAGGACAGUCUUGCUGUGGCCAGCAUGGUACGGCAUCAGGUCAAUCCUCAGGUUGUGAUCAACAUGGGCAGCAUGCGUCUGGUUCAGGUCAGUUGUCUGGUUGCAGUGACCAAAGGUCUGGUUCUGGUCAGUUAUCUAGUUCUGGGCAACAUGAGUCUGGCCCAGGUCAGUCAUCUGGCUAUGGAGGACAGGGAUCUGGAUCUGGUCAGUCAUCUAGCACUUGGAAACAUGGAUCUGGUCCAAGUCAGUCAUCUGGUUAUGGGAGACAAAAGUCUGGUUCAGGUCAGUCAUCUAGCUCUGGGCAGCAUGGGUCUCUCUCAGGUCAGUCAUCAAAAUCUGGGCAGCAUGGAUCUCUCUCAGGUCAGUCAUCUAGCUCUGGGCAGCAUGGAUCUCUCUCAGGUCAGUCAUCUAGCUCUGGGCAGCAUGGAUCUCUCUCAGGUCAGUCGUCUAGUUCUGGGCAGCAUGGGUCUCUCUCAGGUCAGUCAUCUAGCUCUGGACAGCAUGGGUCUCUCUCAGGUCAGUCAUCUAGCUCUGGGCAGCAUGGGUCUCACUCAGGUCAGUCGUCUAGUUCUGGGCAGCAUGGGUCUCUCUCAGGUCAGUCAUCUAGUUCUUGGCAGCAUGGGUCUCACUCAGGUCAGUCGUCUAGCUCUGGGCAGCAUGGGUCUCACUCAGGUCAGUCAACGGGUUAUAGGAGGCAUGGGCGUGGUUCAGGUCGGUCAUCGAGUGCUGGGCAGUAUGGGUCUGGCCCAGGUGAGUCAUCUGAGUAUGGAGAAUACAACUCUGGUUCAAGUCACUCAUCUAGUUCUUGGCAGAACAGGUCUCAUUCAGGACAGUCAUCUGGCGUUGGGCAGCAAGGGUAUGGACAUGGUCAGUCAUCUCCAUAUGGGUCUGGCCCAAGUCAGUCUUCUAGAUAUGGGAGACAUGGGUCUGGCUCUAAUAAGUCAUUUGGCUCAGGGCAGGAAGAAUAUGGACAUGAGGAAGUUCACCACGGAGAGUCAAGCUCCAAAGGUCAUGGAAGACAGGGAACACCCAAAAGACAGUCUGGGGACAGCAGUAGACAGCCUCAGUCUAGACAAGAACAGCCCUCUAAUUCAGGGCCUUCAAGAAGACCCAGAAGCACCCCUGUCCACAGUGAAUCCAGUGAAAGAGACACUCAGAAUCUUCUCAGGGUGGACACCAGCAUGGAGAAUCGAGGUCAGCAAGUCAUGGAAGACAGGGAGGUCCUCAAAGACAAUCUAGGGACAGCAGUAGACAGUCGCAGUCUGGCCAUGAGCAGCCCUCACAUUCAGGGCCUUCAAGAAGUUCAAGAGGGGCACCAGUUUACCCCGAAUCCAGUGAAACAUGGAGAGUCUGGGUCUGCAGCUAAUGAAAGACAGGAAAGUCCUCAAAGACAAUCUAGGGACAGCAGUAGACAGUCUCAGUCUGGCCAUGAGCAGCCCUCACAUUCAGGGCCUUCAAGAAGACCAAGACAGACACCUGUUCACCCUGAGUCUAGUGAGGGUGAAGAACACUCAUUUCAAGAAGAAGCUCAGGAUCUGCUCAGGGUCAUGGUGGACAUCAGCAUGGAAGUCAGGGAGGUCCUCAAAGACAAUCUAGGGACAGCAGUAGAGAGCCUCAGUCUGGGCAUGAGCAGCCAUCACAUGGUGGCUCUCAGAGAAGACCCAGAGAAGCACCAGUUCACCCUGAGUCCAGUGAAGGUGAAGAACAUUCGGGUCAUGGUGGACAUCAGCAUGGAGAAUCGGGGUCAGCAGGUCAUGAAAGACAGGGAGGUCCUCAGAGGCAAUCUAGGGACAGCAGUAGACAGUCUCAAUCUGGCCAUGAGCAGCCCUCACACUCAGGGACUUCAAGAAGUCCAAGAGGGUCACCAGUUCACCCUGAGUCCAGUAGAGGUGAGGGUCAUGGUGGACAUCAGCAUGGAGAAUCAGGGUCAGCAGGUCAUGAAAGCCAGGUGGUUCCUCAAAGACAAUCUCGGGACAGCAGUAGACAGUCUCAGUCUGGCCAUGAGCAGCCCUCACAUUCAGGGCCUUCAAGAAGACCAAGACAGACACCUGUUCACCCCGAGUCCAGUGAGGGUGAGGAACACUCAGUUGUUUCAAGAAGACACUCAGAAUCUCCUCAGGGUCAUGGUGGACACCAGCAUGGAGAAUCGGGUUCAGCGAGUCAUGGAAGCCAAGGAGGUCCUCAAAGGCAAUCUAGGGACAGCAGUAGACAGUCGCAGUCUGGCCAUGAGCAGUCAUCACAUGGUGGCUCUCAGAGAAGACCCAGAGAGGCACCAAGUCAUGGUGGACAUCAGCAUGGAGAAUCAAGGUCAGCAGGUCAUGGAAGUCAGGAAGGUCCUCAAAGACAAUCUAGGGACAGCAGUAGACAGCCUCAGUCUGGACAUGUGCAGCCAUCACAUUCAGGAGCUACAAAAGGUCCAAGAGGGUCACCAGUUCACCCUGAGUCCAGUGAAGGUGAGGAACACUCAGUUGUUUCAAGGAGACACUCAGAAUCUUCUCAGGGUCAUGGUGGACAUCAGCAUGGAGAAUCGGCGUCAGCAGGUCAUGAAAGUCAGCGAGGUCCUCAAAGGCAAUCUAGGGACAGCAGUAGACAGUCUCAGUCUGGACAUGCGCAGCCAUCACAUUCAGGCCCUUCAAGAAGUCCAAGAGGGACACCGGUUCACCCCGAGUCCAGUGAAGGUGAGGAACACUCAGAAGUUUCUAGGAGACAAUCGGGAUCUCCUCAGAGUCAUGGUGGACAUCAGCAUGGAGAAUCGGGGUCAGCAGGUCAUGGAAGCCAGGGAGGUCCUCAAAGACAAUCUAGAGAUAGCAGUAGACAGCCUCAGUCUAGACAUGUGCAGCCAUCACAUUCAGGAGCUACUAAAGGUCCAAGAGGGUCACCAGUUCACCCUGAGUCCAGUGAAGGCCCUUCAAGAAGUCCAAGAGGGGCACCGGUUCACCCCAAGUCCAGUGAAGGUGAGGAACACUCAGAAGUUUCUAGGAGACAAUCGGGAUCUCCUCAGGGUCAUGGUGGACAUCAGCAUGGAGAAUCGGGGUCAGCAGGUCAUGGAAGCCAGGGAGGUCCUCAAAGACAAUCUAGGGACAGCAGUAGACAGCCUCAGUCUGGACAUGUGCAGCCAUCACAUUCAGGAGCUACAAAAGGUCCAAGAGGGUCACCAGUUCACCCUGAGUCCAGUGAAGGGUCAUGGUGGACAUCAGCAUGGAGAAUCGGGGUCAGCAGGUCAUGGAAGCCAGGGAGGUCCUCAAAGGCAAUCCAGGGACAGCAGUAGACAGUCUCAGUCUAGGCAUGAGGAGACCUCACAUUCAGGAGCUACAAAAGGUGCAGGAUGGACACCUGUUCACUCUGAGUCCAGUGAAAGAUCCAAAGCAAAUGAAGGAAUGGGAGAGCUGGUGUUAAAAUAUAAAGAAUCAGAUAUAGAUCAUGGGCAGCCAGUUGAUCACUACAAUCUGACUGGAUCUAGUACAGGUGGAACUCUAGUCUCUAAUCUUGGCCAUUCUGGACAAUACUCAAACAAUGAUAAGGAAACAGAAACACUGAGCAAAAAGGAGCUGAAGGAACUUCUGGAAAUAGAAUUACGGGCAGUUUUGAAGAAUCCAGAUGAUGAAGAUAUUGGAGAUGUCUUCAUGCAAAUCCUGGAUGUAGACCAUAAUGAGAAAAUAGAUUUCACUGAGUAUUUACUGCUGGUGUUGAAGGGCACCACAAGAACAGGCUCCCGAGGAAGACAGGAGUCCCCAGCUGGACACCAGUCAGCAGAUGGACCCAGGCAUUCCACAUCAAGGAGUGAGAGACGACAGAGGGACAGCACCAGCCAGGCCAGUGACAGCGAAAGCCAUUCUGAAGGCUCAGAAGGCCAGGCAGUGGGAGUCCGUGGUCACUCCGGGGCCAGCCAAAGGCACGAGCAGACAUCCUCCCGUGGCCAGAGAGGCUCUGGACCCUACCGGGUGUACUACUACUCCGAGGAGGAACACGAACACGGCCACUCCGAGUCCGGCCACACACAGCAGCGGUCCAGUGGCAGAGCUCCCCAGGGCGCCCAGCAAGAACAAGGAAGGGGCAGCGCCAGGACUGGAGGCUCUCACCAAGGACAGACUUCCUCUGGCCACCAGGCUGGGUCCACCCGUGGACAGAGCAGAGACAGUGCAAGAGAGGGUCAGGGGUCCCACCGGGAGGCCGCGAGGGACAGCUCUGAGCACCACCGGUCCAGAAGGGACCAGGCCACCUCCGGAUCUAGCCCCAGCAGGGGCCACGAAGAGCGCCAUGAUGGCGCUGGACGCUCAGGAUCCAGGCAAGGCCAGAGAGCCUCCCACACUGAUAGCGAUUCCUCCCAGGGUCAUGUAGGCCACAGGGCCACAGCAGGCAGGCACCCAACUGGUCGCGAACAGUCUACAGACAGGUCGAGGCAGUCCGGCUCCCGGCAGAGAAGCGAGUCCUCCCAAAGACGUGCUGAUUCUCCCAGGGGCACCACAAGAACAGGCUCCCGAGGAAGACAGGAGUCCCCAGCUGGACACCAGUCACCAGAUGGCAACAGGCAUUCCACAUCAAGGAGUGAGAGACGACAGAGGGACAGCACCAGCCAGGCCAGUGACAGCGAAAGCCAUUCUGAAGGCUCAGAAGGCCAGGCAGUGGGAGUCCGUGGUCACUCCGGGGCCAGCCAAAGGCACGAGCAGACAUCCUCCCGUGGCCAGAGAGGCUCUGGACCCUACCGGGUGUACUACUACUCCGAGGAGGAACACGAACACGGCCACUCCGAGUCCGGCCACACACAGCAGCGGUCCAGUGGCAGAGCUCCCCAGGGCGCCCAGCAAGAACAAGGAAGGGGCAGCGCCAGGACUGGAGGCUCUCACCAAGGACAGACUUCCUCUGGCCACCAGGCUGGGUCCUCCCGUGGACAGAGCAGAGACAGUGCAAGAGAGGGUCAGGGGUCCCAUCGGGAGGCCGCGAGGGACAGCUCUGAGCACCACCGGUCCAGAAGGGACCAGGCCACCUCCGGAUCUAGCCCCAGCAGGGGCCACGAAGAGCGCCAUGAUGGCGCUGGACGCUCAGGAUCCAGGCAAGGCCAGAGAGCCUCCCACACUGAUAGCGAUUCCUCCCAGGGUCACGUAGGCCACAGGGCCACAGCAGGCAGGCACCCAACUGGUCGCGAACAGUCUACAGACAGGUCCAGGCAGUCCGGCUCCCGGCAGAGAAGCGAGUCCUCCCAAAGACGUGCUGAUUCUCCCAGGGGCACCACAAGAACAGGCUCCCGAGGAAGACAGGAGUCCCCAGCUGGACACCAGUCACCAGAUGGCAACAGGCAUUCCACAUCAAGGAGUGAGAGACGACAGAGGGACAGCACCAGCCAGGCCAGUGACAGCGAAAGCCAUUCUGAAGGCUCAGAAGGCCAGGCAGUGGGAGUCCGUGGUCACUCCGGGGCCAGCCAAAGGCACGAGCAGACAUCCUCCCGUGGCCAGAGAGGCUCUGGACCCUACCGGGUGUACUACUACUCCGAGGAGGAACACGAACACGGCCACUCCGAGUCCGGCCACACACAGCAGCGGUCCAGUGGCAGAGCUCCCCAGGGCGCACAGCAAGAACAAGGAAGGGGCAGCGCCAGGACUGGAGGCUCUCACCAAGGACAGACUUCCUCUGGCCACCAGGCUGGGUCCUCCCGUGGACAGAGCAGAGACAGUGCAAGAGAGGGUCAGGGGUCCCACCGGGAGGCCGCGAGGGACAGCUCUGAGCACCACCGGUCCAGAAGGGACCAGGCCACCUCCGGAUCUAGCCCCAGCAGGGGCCACGAAGAGCGCCAUGAUGGCGCUGGACGCUCAGGAUCCAGGCAAGGCCAGAGAGCCUCCCACACUGAUAGCGAUUCCUCCCAGGGUCACGUAGGCCACAGGGCCACAGCAGGCAGGCACCCAACUGGUCGCGAACAGUCUACAGACAGGUCGAGGCAGUCCGGCUCCCGGCAGAGAAGCGAGUCCUCCCAAAGACGUGCUGAUUCUCCCAGGGGCACCACAAGAACAGGCUCCCGAGGAAGACAGGAGUCCCCAGCUGGACACCAGUCACCAGAUGGCAACAGGCAUUCCACAUCAAGGAGUGAGAGACGACAGAGGGACAGCACCAGCCAGGCCAGUGACAGCGAAAGCCAUUCUGAAGGCUCAGAAGGCCAGGCAGUGGGAGUCCGUGGUCACUCCGGGGCCAGCCAAAGGCACGAGCAGACAUCCUCCCGUGGCCAGAGAGGCUCUGGACCCUACCGGGUGUACUACUACUCCGAGGAGGAACACGAACACGGCCACUCCGAGUCUGGCCACACACAGCAGCGGUCCAGUGGCAGAGCUCCCCAGGGCGCCCAGCAAGAACAAGGAAGGGGCAGCGCCAGGACUGGAGGCUCUCACCAAGGACAGACUUCCUCUGGCCACCAGGCUGGGUCCUCCCGUGGACAGAGCAGAGACAGUGCAAGAGAGGGUCAGGGGUCCCAUCGGGAGGCCGCGAGGGACAGCUCUGAGCACCACCGGUCCAGAAGGGACCAGGCCACCUCCGGAUCUAGCCCCAGCAGGGGCCACGAAGAGCGCCAUGAUGGCGCUGGACGCUCAGGAUCCAGGCAAGGCCAGAGAGCCUCCCACACUGAUAGCGAUUCCUCCCAGGGUCACGUAGGCCACAGGGCCACAGCAGGCAGGCACCCAACUGGUCGCGAACAGUCUACAGACAGGUCCAGGCAGUCCGGCUCCCGGCAGAGAAGCGAGUCCUCCCAAAGACGUGCUGAUUCUCCCAGGGGCACCACAAGAACAGGCUCCCGAGGAAGACAGGAGUCCCCAGCUGGACACCAGUCACCAGAUGGCAACAGGCAUUCCACAUCAAGGAGUGAGAGACGACAGAGGGACAGCACCAGCCAGGCCAGUGACAGCGAAAGCCAUUCUGAAGGCUCAGAAGGCCAGGCAGUGGGAGUCCGUGGUCACUCCGGGGCCAGCCAAAGGCACGAGCAGACAUCCUCCCGUGGCCAGAGAGGCUCUGGACCCUACCGGGUGUACUACUACUCCGAGGAGGAACACGAACACGGCCACUCCGAGUCCGGCCACACACAGCAGCGGUCCAGUGGCAGAGCUCCCCAGGGCGCCCAGCAAGAACAAGGAAGGGGCAGCGCCAGGACUGGAGGCUCUCACCAAAGACAGACUUCCUCUGGCCACCAGGCUGGGUCCUCCCGUGGACAGAGCAGAGACAGUGCAAGAGAGGGUCAGGGGUCCCACCGGGAGGCCGCGAGGGACAGCUCUGAGCACCACCGGUCCAGAAGGGACCAGGCCACCUCCAGAUCUAGCCCCAGCAGGGGCCACGAAGAGCGCCAUGAUGGCGCUGGACGCUCAGGAUCCAGGCAAGGCCAGAGAGCCUCCCACACUGAUAGCGAUUCCUCCCAGGGUCACGUAGGCCACAGGGCCACAGCAGGCAGGCACCCAACUGGUCGCGAACAGUCUACAGACAGGUCCAGGCAGUCCGGCUCCCGGCAGAGAAGCGAGUCCUCCCAAAGACGUGCUGAUUCUCCCAGGGGCACCACAAGAACAGGCUCCCGAGGAAGACAGGAGUCCCCAGCUGGACACCAGUCACCAGAUGGCAACAGGCAUUCCACAUCAAGGAGUGAGAGACGACAGAGGGACAGCACCAGCCAGGCCAGUGACAGCGAAAGCCAUUCUGAAGGCUCAGAAGGCCAGGCAGUGGGAGUCCGUGGUCACUCCGGGGCCAGCCAAAGGCACGAGCAGACAUCCUCCCGUGGCCAGAGAGGCUCUGGACCCUACCGGGUGUACUACUACUCCGAGGAGGAACACGAACACGGCCACUCCGAGUCCGGCCACACACAGCAGCGGUCCAGUGGCAGAGCUCCCCAGGGCGCCCAGCAAGAACAAGGAAGGGGCAGCGCCAGGACUGGAGGCUCUCACCAAGGACAGACUUCCUCUGGCCACCAGGCUGGGUCCUCCCGUGGACAGAGCAGAGACAGUGCAAGAGAGGGUCAGGGGUCCCACCGGGAGGCCGCGAGGGACAGCUCUGAGCACCACCGGUCCAGAAGGGACCAGGCCACCUCCGGAUCUAGCCCCAGCAGGGGCCACGAAGAGCGCCAUGAUGGCGCUGGACGCUCAGGAUCCAGGCAAGGCCAGAGAGCCUCCCACACUGAUAGCGAUUCCUCCCAGGGUCACGUAGGCCACAGGGCCACAGCAGGCAGGCACCCAACUGGUCGCGAACAGUCUACAGACAGGUCCAGGCAGUCCGGCUCCCGGCAGAGAAGCGAGUCCUCCCAAAGACGUGCUGAUUCUCCCAGGGGCACCACAAGAACAGGCUCCCGAGGAAGACAGGAGUCCCCAGCUGGACACCAGUCACCAGAUGGCAACAGGCAUUCCACAUCAAGGAGUGAGAGACGACAGAGGGACAGCACCAGCCAGGCCAGUGACAGCGAAAGCCAUUCUGAAGGCUCAGAAGGCCAGGCAGUGGGAGUCCGUGGUCACUCCGGGGCCAGCCAAAGGCACGAGCAGACAUCCUCCCGUGGCCAGAGAGGCUCUGGACCCUACCGGGUGUACUACUACUCCGAGGAGGAACACGAACACGGCCACUCCGAGUCUGGCCACACACAGCAGCGGUCCAGUGGCAGAGCUCCCCAGGGCGCCCAGCAAGAACAAGGAAGGGGCAGCGCCAGGACUGGAGGCUCUCACCAAGGACAGACUUCCUCUGGCCACCAGGCUGGGUCCUCCCGUGGACAGAGCAGAGACAGUGCAAGAGAGGGUCAGGGGUCCCACCGGGAGGCCGCGAGGGACAGCUCUGAGCACCACCGGUCCAGAAGGGACCAGGCCACCUCCGGAUCUAGCCCCAGCAGGGGCCACGAAGAGCGCCAUGAUGGCGCUGGACGCUCAGGAUCCAGGCAAGGCCAGAGAGCCUCCCACACUGAUAGCGAUUCCUCCCAGGGUCACGUAGGCCACAGGGCCACAGCAGGCAGGCACCCAACUGGUCGCGAACAGUCUACAGACAGGUCCAGGCAGUCCGGCUCCCGGCAGAGAAGCGAGUCCUCCCAAAGACGUGCUGAUUCUCCCAGGGGCACCACAAGAACAGGCUCCCGAGGAAGACAGGAGUCCCCAGCUGGACACCAGUCAGCAGAUGGACCCAGGCAUUCCACAUCAAGGAGUGAGAGACGACAGAGGGACAGCACCAGCCAGGCCAGUGACAGCGAAAGCCAUUCUGAAGGCUCAGAAGGCCAGGCAGUGGGAGUCCGUGGUCACUCCGGGGCCAGCCAAAGGCACGAGCAGACAUCCUCCCGUGGCCAGAGAGGCUCUGGACCCUACCGGGUGUACUACUACUCCGAGGAGGAACACGAACACGGCCACUCCGAGUCCGGCCACACACAGCAGCGGUCCAGUGGCAGAGCUCCCCAGGGCGCCCAGCAAGAACAAGGAAGGGACAGGGCCAGGACUGGAGGCUCUCACCAAGGACAGACUUCCUCUGGCCACCAGGCAGGGUCCUCCCGUGGACAAGGCAGAGACAGUGCAAGAGAGGGUCAGGGGUCCCACCGGGAGGCCGCGAGGGACAGCUCUGUGCACCACCGGUCCAGAAGGGACCAGGCCACCUCCGGAUCUAGCCCCAGCAGGGGCCACGAAGAGCGCCAUGAUGGCGCUGGACGCUCAGGAUCCAGGCAAGGCCAGAGAGCCUCCCACACUGAUAGCGAUUCCUCCCAGGGUCACGUAGGACACAGGGCCACAGCAGGCAGGCACCCAACUGGUCGCGAACAGUCUACAGACAGGUCCAGGCAGUCCGGCUCCCGGCAGAGAAGCGAGUCCUCCCAAAGACGUGCUGAUUCUCCCAGGGGCACCACAAGAACAGGCUCCCGAGGAAGACAGGAGUCCCCAGCUGGACACCAGUCAGCAGAUGGACCCAGGCAUUCCACACCAAGGAGGGAGAGACGACAGAGGGUCCACACCAGCCAGGACAGAGACCGCAAUGGCCCCUCAGAUGUCACAGUUGGGCACAGGAAUGCUUCUAAAAUUAUCAGGAUCGCUCUUCCUUCCGGUUCCCGCAGCCUCUGCAGCCAUGAGCAGCAAAGUCUCUCGAACACCCUGUACGAGGCGGUGCGGGAGGUCCUGCACGGGAACCAGCGCAAGCGCCGCAAGUUUCUGGAAACGGUGGAGCUGCAGAUCAGCCUGAAGAACUACAACCCCCAGAAGGACAAACGUUUCUCGGGCACCUUCAGGCUCAAGUCCACUCCUCGCCCCAAGUUCUCGGUGUGCGUCCUAGGGGACCAGCAGCACUGCGAUGAGGCCAAGGCCGUGGAUGUCCCCCACAUGGACAUCGAGGCGCUGAAGAAGCUCAAUAAGAACAAGAAGUUGGUCAAAAAGCUGGCCAAGAAGUAUGACGCCUUUCUGGCCUCUGAGUCUCUGAUCAAGCAGAUCCUGCGUAUCCUGGGCCCAGGCCUGAACAAGGCUGGCAAGUUCCCUUCCCUGCUGACACAUAAUGAAAACUUGGUGGCCAAAGUGGACGAUCAAGUUCCAGAUGAAGAAGGUGCUGUGUCUGGCUGUCGCUGUCGGCCACGUGAAGAUGACCGACGACGAGCUGGUCUACAACAUUCAUUUGGCUGUCAAUUUCUUGGUGUCCUUGCUCAAGAAGAACUGGCAAAAUGUCCGGGCUUUUCUGGGUUCCGGGGGCUGCUGUGGUUCCAGUUCCGGAGGCUGCUGUGGUUCAAGCUCCGGAGGCUGCUGCAGCUCUGGUGGUGGUGGCUGCUGCCUGAGCCACCACAGGCCCCGCAGAUCUCUCCGUCGCAGACACCAGAGCUCUGGAUGCUAGUCUUUCAAGUUGAGUAUGCUAUGAAGGCCGUGGAAAACAGUAGUACAGCUAUUGGGAUCAGAUGUAAAGAUGGUGUUGUGUUCGGAGUAGAAAAAUUAGUCCUUUCUAAACUUUAUGAAGAAGGCUCCAAUAAACGACUUUUUAAUGUUGAUCGACACGUUGGAAUGGCAGUCGCAGGUCUGCUGGCAGAUGCUCGUUCCUUAGCAGACAUAGCAAGAGAAGAGGCAUCCAACUUUAGAUCUAACUUUGGCUAUAACAUUCCUCUCAAACAUCUUGCAGACAGAGUGGCCAUGUACGUACACGCUUAUACACUCUACAGUGCUGUUAGACCUUUUGGCUGCAGUUUCAUGUUAGGGUCUUACAGUGUGAAUGACGGCCCACAACUCUAUAUGAUUGAUCCGUCGGGGGUUUCAUAUGGCUAUUGGGGCUGUGCCAUUGGCAAAGCCAGACAAGCUGCAAAGACAGAAAUAGAGACGCUUCAGAUGAAAGAAAUGACUUGCCGUGAUGUAGUUAAAGAAGUUGCAAAAAUAAUUUAUAUAGUACAUGAUGAGGUGAAGGACAAAGCUUUUGAACUGGAGCUCAGCUGGGUUGGUGAAUUGACGAAAGGAAGACAUGAAAUUGUUCCAAAAGAUAUAAGGGAGGAAGCAGAGAAGUAUGCCAAGGAGUCUUUGAAGGAAGAAGAUGAAUCAGAUGAUGACAAUAUGAAGUACAUCAUCAUUGCUCUGCUGGGCUUCUUGCAUCACAAGUUCUCGGACCAUAGAUGGACUAAACUCUACCAGAUGCCUAAGCUCCUGCAAGGUAUUGUCACUGUCAUCGAAGUUUUCUACCAAUACGCCACUGAGUAUGGGAAAUGUGACAUGCUAAGCCCAAAAGAGAUGAAAGAACUUCUAGAAAAUGAGUUUCGCCAAAUUCUAAAGAAUCCAGAUGAUCCAGAUACGGUAGAAAUCAUCAUGCAAAGUCUGGAUCGAGAUCAUAACAACAAAGUGGACUUUACUGAGUAUCUUCUCAUGAUAGUCAAGCUAUCUCAGGCUUGUAACAAAAUUAUUGGCAGAGAUUACUGCCAAGCUUCAGGGUCAAAGCAAAGAAAUCACAGUCACCAGCAACAAAAGGAACAGAGUGAAGAAGAAAACGAUGACAAAGAGAAAGCUGCUUCUUCAAGUUCUUCAAGUUUUAGUGCAGGAGAGAAUGAUGGUUAUUCUAGAGAUUCAAGAGGAAGAAAUCGAAACAAUUAUGAGUCAAACUGUAGAAAACCAAAGAAUGGGAACCAACAAAGCUAUGAAGAAAGAACAACUUCAAGCCACUUCAAAACCAGUGAGAAAUAUGAAGAGGGACAACAUGAAUUAGAAACAACCCACAUGCCUAGCCACAGCAGGAGAUGUAAUUCAAAGGAAUCUUCUGGCUACCACCAACAUGGCUCUGGUUCAGGACACUCGGUUGGCAACAGUAAAACUGGUUCUGGCAAACAUCAGCACUAUGGAAAUGAAAACCAUGAUGUACAACCAAGAGAAUCAUCACGUUGUGAAGCAAGGCAGUCAUCAAGGCAAGGAUCUGGACAAGGUCACUCUUCUGGUAGGACACAGAGUGGCACAACAUCAAGACAGUCAUCAAGCUAUGGCUCAGGAUCUGGACAAGGUCACUCUUCUGGUAGGACACAGAGUGGCACAACAUCAAGACAGUCAUCAAGCUAUGGCUCAGUCAACAUGGAUCUGGGCAAGGUCAGUCUUCUGGUGGUAGCCAACAGGGUUCCUUCUCUGGACAGUCAGCAGGUAGUCAUCAGCACAGCUCUUCCUGUGGUCAUUCCUCUAGCUAUGGUCAGCAUGGCACUGGCUCUGGUGAAUAUGGUUCUACAUCGAGACACUCUACUGGCUCCACAGGGCAAAGAUAUGGGCAAGGACAGUCAUCUGGUCCUGGACAAUGUGGCACUUCUUCAGGACACUCAUCAAGCUCAGGUCAGUCCACUACCUAUGGCAAGCAUGGAUCAGGAGUGA